CCAGAGGAAGUUUGUGCGGGCGCUAGGAGAGAAAAGUUUACAUGGAGCAGCUGCGCUUGAAGCGAGAAUAAUAGCACAUCAGCCAACGGUGGACCGAGCGGACCCGAGCGGGAAGGACGCGCGUCGUGGAUGCGUGUUGCCGCGUUGGAGAGGCGUGCAGUGGAUUUGUUUGACGGUGUGAUCGUCUCUCCGCCGCUCCACCUCGCCGUGAAAUGGGGAAGGAGCAGGAACUGCUGGAGGCGGCGCGCACCGGGAAUCUGGCCGCUGUUGAGAAGCUCCUGUCCGGGAAGAGACAAUCGGCGGGAUCGGGCGCUGCGGGUGGUGGCGGAUCGUCCGGCAAUAUAGGGAGCGGCGGGCACAGCUCUUCUCACGCGCUCUCAAAUCUGCUCAGUAUCUGGAGGGGACCAAAUGUGAACUGUGUGGACAGCACUGGAUACACACCUUUACACCACGCUGCUUUAAAUGGACACAGUGCGGUGGUAGAGGUGUUGCUACGAAACGAGGCUCUCACAAACAUUGCUGAUAGCAAGGGCUGUUAUCCUCUUCACCUGGCUGCGUGGAAGGGUGACCAGCGCAUCGUCAAACUACUCAUCCAUCAGGGUCCAUCUCACCCCAAACUCAAUGAACAGAGCUCUCUAAACUACAAAGUGUUCAAACGCUGUGGCCCUUUUGACCCCUAUAUUAAUGCCAAGAAUAACGACAACGAGACGCCGUUACACUGCGCGGCUCAGUAUGGUCACUCUGAAGUGGUGCAGUUACUACUGGAGGAGUUGACCGAUCCCACCAUGCGCAACAACAAGUUUGAGACGCCGCUCGAUCUGGCUGCACUCUACGGCAGGCUGGAGGUGGUCAAACUUCUACUGAGUGCUCACCCUAACCUGCUCAGCUCCAACACCAAGAAACACACUCCUCUCCACCUGGCCUCUCGAAACGGACACCUGCCCGUGGUGGAGGUGCUGCUGGCCGCCGGCGUGGAUAUCAACUACCAGACAGAAAAAGGCAGUGCCCUACACGAAGCAGCUCUUUUUGGAAAGACAGAAGUGGUACAAAAACUACUCAAAGCAGGUAUUGAUGUGAAUAUUGUGGAUGGUAAGAAUCUAACAGCGUUGGACACUGUUAGAGAUAUGCCCUCUCAAAAGAGCCGACAGAUAGCCGCACUUGUACAAGCUCAUAUGAGUGGCUGUCAGUCAGACAUGAGUCUCCCACCUCCACCUGUCCCUCCACCUCAAGACAACCUGAGCCCCAAGAGAAAAGGAGAAAUUGAGCAGCAGGUGAGUGAGUUGAUUUCUGGUUUGUCUCCGGCCCCUGUGGAAGAGAGUCCGUAUGAAGCUCUGUUUGAAGCCUCAUCGUGUCACUCACUGGACAGUCUCGCUAGCGGAAAAUCAUCAGACAGAGACUCCGAACGACCGGACAAUGAAGCUGGGAAGGCGGUUUACACCAACAGCAGUGUGGAUGAACGUGUCGAGGCGCUGGUGGAGGAGGAUAACCCAUAUGAACUGUUACUCACUGCACAGACCAAGAUACCCAACACCCCACACAACAAAACAGAUGAGAAAGCUUCAGCCAAGUCUUCCAACAGUGUUCUACCUCAGCGGAAGACCACCGCACACAUUGACCUACGACCUCCAGUGUCCAACACAAACACACUGCAGCCACCUGCACCUACAUUUAGCAAAGGCCAGACAUCUGGAGAGAGCUCAUCGCACAGUCAAGAUAUAAGCGCCAACGUUCCUGAGCAGUUCACUGGUCUGCUUCACGGUUCGUCGCCGGUGGUCGACUGUCGGGAAGAAUCUUUCAGACUGCCGUCUUCUGAUGUGAAGUCCACUGAGGGUACCAACACUUUGACAUCGGCAGGCUCCGCCCCCCCUUCCCAUCCCUCCUCAUCAACUACCAUGGAAGCCAUUCAUCAGCACAACGACCCCAAUGCUAUCUACGCCACUGUUCAGAAAGAGCCGCGGGACUCUCUGAGACGUAACUCGCCGGCUCGCGAUUCAUCGGCGCCGAGGAGGAUGCCUCCGCCAGGUGAUCUCAAGCUAGCUCGGAGUCUUUCAAAAUCAGACUCUGAUCUGCUGGUGUCCCCACCCGGCGAGGAAGAGACAGGGUUGGGAGGACGGAGUGAGUCUGUGUCCAACUGCAGCAUCGCCAAGAGGAGGCUGGAAAAAUCGCCUUCAUUCACGUCAGAAUGGGACGAGAAACAGAGGCAUUCUCUCUCUAUUCCAUGGAGACGCCGGCCUACACACAAAAUUGAGAAGAUUAUGACUCUAAUUGGAGCCGACAUCGACUUCCCCAAAGACCAGGAGUGCCCUGCCUCAGGUGGUGCCGGGCGGCUACUCGAACAGUCUGUUGGUGAUUGGUUGGAGCAUAUAUGCCUUCCGCAGUAUGAGAGUAAGCUGCUGCUCAAUGGCUUUGAUGACCUGCGGUUCAUGGGAAAUGACAUAAUGGAAGAGCAAGAUCUGAGAGAAAUAGGCAUCAUGGAUCCAGGACAUCGUAGGAAGAUCCUGAACGCUGCUCGCUCUUUUCCAAAGGUGAAAGCAUUAGGCUGUGAUGGCAGCACAUCUCUCACUGCCUGGUUGGACGUUUUGGGUCUCCAGGAAUAUUUGCACAACUUCCUGUCCAGUGGCUAUCGCACAUUAGACUGUGUGAAGAAUCUUUGGGAACGAGAGAUUGUUAAUGUGUUAAAGAUCACCUUGUUGGGCCACAGGAAAAGGAUCAUUGCAUCAUUAGCAGAACGGCCCUAUGAGGAGCCUCCUGUCAAACCACCCCGCCUCUCGCAGAUCAGGUGUCAGGAUCUGAUAUCCCAGACAUCCUCUCCUCUCAGUCAUUCUGACUCAUACACACGCUCUAUGGACCCUCUGUUGGCUGUAGGAGAUUCUGGGAGGAGGAGAGGUCCUGAUUCAGACUAUGAAUUUGCCAACCGACAACGACCCAAUGACAGACCACAAGAGAGAUACAAGGAAUGUCAACGGGAACCUCGAUUGACCUUGCGACCCCCAAGUCUGGCAGCACCGUGCAACCCGGUCCAGAACUGGCACCACCAGCCAGAGAAGCUCAUCUUCGAAUCGUGCGGUUACGAGGCCAAUUAUCUCGGCUCAAUGCUGAUUAAGGAACUCAGAGGAACAGAGUCAACGCAGGAUGCCUGUGCUAAAAUGAGGAGGUCAACCGAGCAGAUGAGGAAGAUCCCCAUGAUUGUCCUCUCCAUCACAUACAAGGGUGUGAAAUUCAUUGAUGCUGCCAAUAAGAAUAUCAUUGCAGAACAUGAGAUCAGGAACAUCUCAUGUGCAGCUCAAGACCCUGAGGACCUCUGCACGUUUGCUUACAUCACUAAAGACCUGCAGAGCAGCCAUCAUUACUGCCAUGUCUUCAGCACUGUAGACGUGAAUCUGACCUAUGAGAUCAUUCUGACGCUCGGACAGGCGUUUGAAGUGGCCUAUCAGCUGGCACUGCAGGCCCAGAGGACCAGACAGCAGCAGAGUGCGGCGGGAGGGGCGGAAAUCAUCGAGACCAAGAGCAGCAGACCCGUCCCCAAACCACGAGGAAGUAUGCGCAAGUCAGGGGUAGAGGCAAUGGAUGUGGACGCACAUGGUCAGAGCAGUACUGAAUGGAUCCUGGACUCCAAAGAUCCAAAACGCACUGUUAGCACCAAGUACGAGACCACCAUAUUCUGAUUGGAUGUUCCUCUGCUCCUCCGUGUCCCCUCCCCUUACACCUUUCCUUUUGCUCUGUGCCUUCACUCUCUAGAUAGACUUUGACCUCCCCUCAUCGACAUGACUGAACUCCUCAUUCCUUGCUCUCCUCUGCACAUGGAAGCCACAUCUCCUUUUUCCUGUUCUUUUCUCUUCAUCUGUCUUGCACAGGCUGAAGUCUAGUUUCUACAAUCAUUUGAUGAGGUCCUACUCGACUGAAACAAACACUUUCUGAGCAAACACCUUUUCCUCAUUGUCUCUCUGUUCCUCUAAGAACCUUUCAGAUUCUCUGUCCUGAAAUAGCCUUUUCAGUUCUUACAGGUAUACCGCUCAUUUUAGGAGCAUCUAUCAACUUGAGUCUAAUUACAACUGGUCAUUUAUUUCCUUCUGCCCACUUGGUGGCCGAAUCAACCAUUUUUGACCAGGUUCAGAUCCUGGACGAGCCCCCAAAUAUAAGCCUCCUGCUGCUUUUUACACACAGGGCAAUUAUGGCCAGAUUUUCUACAGUAGAAACAAAUGUGUUCAGGCAUAAUUAAAUCAAGCACUGAUGUGUACCAGAAUGUCUCUGCUUUCAAAUAUAAAGAAAAAAAAAGUUACAUUUCCUACUCCAUGCCAACAAACUCUCCCUCCAUCAUCCUUAAUGAUAUUCUUUUUUUCUCUUAAUGUUUUUUCUUUCUUUUCCCCCUCUUCACUGAUGCUUGUCUCUCAGGCUGCGACCACAGUGAGGUACUGCUGAAAAAUCCAUUCACGUACUCUUCCCCUCCUUCAGUUUGAGCUUAAACUACUGGACUAUACUAAACAUGCAGCAUGAGAUGAAAAGAAUUGACACCACCAAGGACAUUGUGACAUUUAGCAUUUUUUGUUGUUGUUUUGUUACAGUCUGACCUCUUCUAAUUUUUCCCAUUGGCUGUCAGGACUAAGUGGGAUUUCAUUAGUUCUCUCUUUUUUUUAAUUUUUUUUAUUUUCCUAUGCACCUCUGUACAGUGAUAUGAUCUCACUGUAUUUUAUGUCCAGAUGAGAUGAUAGUCAGCUGGUAGAUUCUACCUUAAGUACACUAGGAGAUAAUUGAGUUGGGGAAUGAAUUGCCUCACUGCAAAUGUACAUUUGCUGCCAAAAAUGUAUUUGCGAUUAGCACUGUGAUCUAAAUUAGCAUGUGUUCUCUUAAGUCUGAGUUAGCACACCAGGCUGGGCCUACAUGUCUGAACCAAAUCAGAAAGAUGUUUCAGAACAGGAGUCCUGCUCAAUAUGUGUUUGAUGUUAUGGCAUCAUAGUGAACAUAACAUUUAAUUAUUAUUUUAGGCAUUAUCAAGUGAUACUUUCAGAAUGAGCAUCAUAUAAUCAGUGAUGUUGUGAACCCCGUUUCACACAAGAUUGUCACGGCACAUCUUCCGGAGAUGUGGCUUAGAAAUGCUGUUUUGUCUUUUGUUUUCCUGGAUUUGAAGAUGGAAAUAUGAUCAGAUUUACAAAUCUUAUCUCUUAUGCCGAUUGCCCAAUCAGAAUCAAGUAUUCCAAAUAGAGGUGAAUUAAUUUAAAACAAUAAUUAAAGUAUACUCUUUAACAAUUCAAAUCAUUAUAUGUUUUUAUAAAAUGUGGUAUUACCAUACCUAACAUUAAGAGUGCAGAAUCAAAGGAUUGAUAUGAUUAUGUGUAGUAACUUUCAUUGGGUAUACUAGCUUAGCAUGCUAAUCAGUUGGCAUUCUAACUAAAAGUGAACUGAAAACAUAAAAGAAAGAAAUGUUUAAUGCUUCUGUGAUAUCAAGUGAUAUUAACAGUAGGUGUACAUACCAAAAUAACAUCAGAAAGAUUAAUUUAAAAAAUUGGGUAAAAUCUGAUUUCAUAUUGAAUUGUAUUAUGAUGUUAAGAUUACAUUCAUCAACUGGCUAAGUAGUAUUUGUAAUCGGGCACUAAAGAGAUUACCAGAAAGUUUGUUCACCUUAUGGAAUAACUUUAGGCUCAAAAGGGGAUAAGUUUUGCAGGGGAAAAUGAUUUGUCUUUCCCUACUAUAUUAUCCAUUUUAAAUGAUAUUAGCACGUUUACAUAAUCCCAAAUUUUAUCUAUUUGUUUUAAUCCAUGUACUGUAUAUGUGUCUCUCCCUGUAGCUGACCAUUGUGUUGGAUGCCAAACAGAAAAAGUUUGGAUGGCAAGACAGCAUGGAUGAAAUAUCACCUUUUUAAUGUGUGUGUUCAUACAGAAAUAUGUAAGUGUCGGAAGACUACUCACACCUGCAGCUGUCCUUCCAUUCAUCACCUGGUUUUGCCUUUAUACACACAAACAGACACUGGCCAAAGAGAGAAAAACUGUCCUGCCCACUAUCCGACUCAUAAGCUAGUUAAACACAGUCCACUAGUUUAAACCUAUCCUCCGAAAACAUAGCUUUUAUCAGAUUUGUAUCUUCAGAUCAGUUCAAAGACUUAUUUUACAAACACUGGAAAACACACCACAGUCACUGUAUUUUCUCACAAUAACAAGAGCCAGUGUUGAGGUCAUCUUUCCUUUGAUAUCUUUUGAGUUUUUUAUUUUCAUAGUGAAACGAUGCAGUCUACACACUUGUUUUGUCUGUGAUGGGAAUUUAAACCAAUGGUCUUUCAUCUCACAAAGUGUAAAUGCGUUUAUUUUGUCUGGUAACUUAGAAAAAAAAAACCGUUUAAGUUAGAAACACUGAUCAAAGUUCAGCAAAACACUGAUGAGUGAGUACAGUAUUGUAUUCAAUUAAGAUUAAAUCAUCCUUAAGUAGAGAUGUUUAAUUCUAUCAGUAUUUCAAGUCAAGUGACCGACAGGCUUUGGUGAAAUGUUUAUGCUAAAUUAAUUGUAGGUCAGGGCAAGACAACUCAACUUUAUGAAUUAUGAUUUCGAUUUUAAGGAAAGGUAUAUUACAAAUGUCACAGAAAUAAUCUGAAUUCCAAAUUAAUGGGACAUACUAUGUGAUGUAACUUCAUAUGGCACACUAUAACAAUAACUUUAUGAUGCAUGAGAAUGGUACAGUCAAGAUCCUGGUACUUUUAGUGACACGUAAAUGUAUACUGUGAUUUCUAAUACAAAAUUAUAGAAGAGUUAAUGUGACACUACAAACAACAGUGAGUUGUUUUAUGUGUAGAAGUUCUUAAUCAAACUGUUUGUUUUUCUUUUAUUGAUUAAGAUGCAGAAAGCAGGGUUUGCUAAAAGAAAAGUUCAAAUGUCAAAUUAACAUUCUGACUAGGGGUUGCAUAGACUGGUCAGACACUGUCAGACUGAAGUCGACUAGUCGCUUUCCACCUGAUUUACAAAAUGCAUCUGUAGGAAAUACAGCAGGUGUCGGAUUUCCAAAGUGUAGGAUGGCAAGGAAAGACUCAUUCAAAUGAAUGAGGAAAGCUCUACCUGAUUUGUUUGGGUUGGCUUUAGGAGUUGGGUUAUAGUUUCUCUGACCAAUCAGGUAGUGCUUUCCUUGUGAAUAUUACUGAAUCGUCCAAUCAGUUAUUACUUUAGUCAUGCAUAUAAAUGACUCUUUUCCAGACAUACUACGUUUCGGAAACUUGUGAGUGGGUCUGGAGGCUGAUGGCUCUACACUGAAAGAGCGAAGUUGUCUAAAUGUACUUUGUUGAAGAUUACAUGCUAAAGUAACCUCCAAUAUAUUCAAAGCAGACUUCAAAUAUAGCAGAAAAACUAGUGCUAUGCAUUAUUUAAAAAGGCACCCACUAGCGCUGAUUAGUGAUUUUCAGCAUGGUCAACACGACUUUGUGUAUUUAAAAAUCUACCUUGGUUGCUUUUCGGCAACAAUUAGAAAAGCGCUUCAAGUUGGAGUUGAUGACAUGACAGAAUGCAUCCCCAUCCUGCACGCUAGAUCCUGUGUCUGCCCUAAUCAUCUGUACAAGCUGUUGCAAGAGGAGGGGGAACCGCUUGCAGCUACAGGUAGUCCAGGCUACACUAAAAUAUGUUCAGACACACUCAAGUUAUCUUUUAGCUCCGUCACAGCUUGACGUAUUCCUACAUAUUGUUGCACGUUUUUAAUAAAAAGGUACUUACGAGGAGAUAACAUAAUGGUUGAAGUUUAUUCCAUCCGAUCCGUUAACAUACAAAACAACACCGUCGCUUAUAAUUUUAUAAAAACUUAUAGGAACCCAGGCAUACACUAGCUGGCUAUCUAAUGCCUGAUGACAUGUAGCUACUUUGCAAUUUAACAUAAAACUAGCAAUAUCUCAUCCCUAACAAAAAAAAAAAAUCUAAACUAGCUGCAACUUUUCUGCUCUUUUUCACAUGCAAAUGAGCUUUCAAUUCACCACAAAUUUUUGCCAGACGUUUGUAGCUCUUUGCCGGUGGUGGUGAACCUCCGGAAAACCUAUGGCAACAAUGGACAAUUUGCAGCAAGUUUGCCGCAAAGCUCAUUUGCCUGUGAUAAUGAUCAGUGGCAAGUUUGCAGCAAAUUUGCCAUGAACUCUUGAUUUUCAUAAGAGAUUACAUUGUAGCGGAUGUAGAUCUUUCUGUUGCAUACUUCAAUAUUAAAUGGGUAGGGGAGUGGAAUUUCUGGCUUCAUGACUAUUUGAAUUUGACUCAACUAGUGGAUUUGGCUAGUCGACUAUUAAAAAUCAGUAGUCGUGCAACCCCGAGUUCUGAUAUAAACAAACGUAUGCUUAAGUGUGUAGAUAAUUAAUACAUACAUUUGACAUGUAUGAGGGGUAAUAUUCCUGUAAGCAUUCAGCCCUAGUUUAUACGAUUUUUAAGUCUGGUACUUUUCUUUUGAAUUUCCAUUUAAUUUUGAACACGGUACAUUAUUACAGUGCUAAAUACAAGCCGAUGCUAAUGCUAGCACCUGUAACAGCAGCGUUUGCACAACUAAUCAAAGUAGGGAAUACAAUGGUGACAUUUCUAGUUAAAUUCAUGGCUAAGUGAUUGAAAUAUAAACAAUAUUGGAUUGUAAAAUAAUCUUGGGUGGUCUGUCUUUUGAUACUUGAAUGAUUCUGCUUUUAUAGAUAUCGCUAUAUAUAUGUAUAUGUAUGUACUGUAUGUAUUUUUUUCUUUACUUUUGGGUCAUGUAUUUGUCAUAUCUAGAGAGGAGUCUUUUUAAGGUUCAACAUAUCAUAAUGUUUGCAACUGAGCAUGAAACUGACAAUGGUAUCUCUGAGAGACCUUGCCACUGAAUCCAAGAGAACAAUUGUAAAUAAUCUUGGGCUUCCAGUCUUUUUUAUGAUUAUUAUUUUUCAUAAUUGUACAUCUAAUAAAUGA